CAUUUUCCCUAUCCAGCUCUCCCGGCUCCGUCCCAAACAACUCUAAACCCGGGGAAAAAAACAUGUCGUCCGACGGGAACGUCACCGGCGGAGUCGGCGACGCUAACACCGUCGGCAUAACCAAUAAGCCUUUCUUUUGCUACCAAUGCAACCGUUCCGUGACGGUCACAAUUUCCCCUUCAUCUUCCGAUCCUUCUUGUCCCAUAUGCAACGAGGGAUUCCUCGAGGAAUACGAAAGCUCAAACCCUAAUCAAGGCCCCGGCUUCCUCAACCCGAAUCUGAAUUCAGCCCCGUUCGCUGACCCGUUCGCUGACUUGCUUCCGCUCCUUUUUCCUGCCGUUCCUCAUCCGUCUUCUUCAUCCACGACAACUUCAUCAUCCUCUACUCCCGGUGACACUAAUAACCCUAGUUUACCUGGGCCGACCCGGUCAGUCAGAGGUGACCCGUUCGCUUUCGAUCCGUUUACCUUCAUCCAAAAUCAUAUAAACGAUCUGCGUUCAGGCGGGGCUCGAAUCGAGUUCGUGAUUCAGAACAAUCCGUCCGACGCGGGAUUUCGGCUUCCGGCUAACAUAGGGGAUUAUUUCAUCGGAUCGGGCCUCGAGCAUGUGAUCCAGCAGCUGGCCGAAAAUGAUCCCAACCGGUACGGGACCCCACCUGCAUCUAAAUCAGCUAUUGAAGCUCUACCUUCAGUGAACAUAACAAAGGAUAAUUCGGAUUCGGAGUUCAACCAGUGUGCGGUUUGCAUGGACGAAUUUGAGGAAGGGACGGAAGCGAAGCAGAUGCCAUGUAAGCAUCUUUAUCAUAAGGAUUGUAUAUUGCCGUGGCUGGAAUUGCAUAAUUCGUGCCCCGUGUGUCGUCACGAGUUGCCUACCGAUGAUCCUGAUUAUGAGAGGAGGGAGCAGGGGACGGGUGAAGGUAAUGACGGUGGUGAUAGUGUGCAGAGGUCUGAUGGGGAUAAUCAGCCUGUUGAGAGGAGUUUUAGGAUAUCUCUGCCUUGGCCAUUUCAAGCUCAGGGACCUGGACCUGGUCCAGGACCAAGACCAGGUGAUAAUACAGAGACCAGGCAGGAAGAUUUGGAUUGAGAAUUCUUAAAUGCAACAAAAUACCCACUUUUGUUUCAUGUGACACGGUGA